AUGGACAAGUACGGGGAUAUAGCUAGCUUAUCAUUGCUUGCGAUUUUUAACAUCCACUUCUUUUUACCAACAUGCUUUGCAUCAAAUGACACCCUAACUCCAUCCCAACCACUCAACGCAGGACAAGCUCUAAUUUCAGCUGGACAAAUCUUUGAAUUAGGAUUCUUCAGUCCUGGUAAUUCAAGUAGAUUGUACAUUGGAAUCUGGUACAAGAAUGAUAUUGAUCAUAGAGUUGUUUGGGUCGCAAAUCGGGAAAAUGCACCGUUAGAAGGUGACUUGGCUUCAAAGCUGAUAAUCAGCAGCCAUGGGAAUCUAAUGCUUAUAGAUGGAAAGCAAACUACUGUCUGGUCAGCAAAUGCCCCUGUCCAGUCUAAUAGCACAAUAGCAGUGCUCCAAGAUGACGGGGAUUUCAACCUUAAAGAUAAUGUUUCAGGGGAAACUAUAUGGGAAAGUUUUUAUUAUCCUACUGAUACAAUUUUAGCAGGCAUGCAGAUAGGAUUCAACAGCAGAACUGGACGGGAAAGCUUCUUGACAGCCUGGAAAAAUGAGAAUGAUCCGGCACCUGGAAACUUUGUUUAUGGACUCACAGACGAAAGACCAGCACAGUCUGUGGCAUGGAAUGGUACAAAACCACACUGGAGAUCAGGUCCAUGGGAUGGAUGGAAGUUCACUGGUAUACAAGACUUCGCCGAGGGGUAUUCAAAUGGACUAUUUGUGACACCAAAUAAUCAUAUGGGAGCUGCAUCCAUGACUUUCAACAACUUUGACAAUUCUGAUGUUUCAAUUGGUGUAAUUUCAACGACAGGUAUGGUAGAGGUAUGGUACAAGGAAAGAGAGCAAAAUAAAUGGAACUUUAUAUUUGCAGCACCUCAGGGUCCAUGUGAUGCAUACGGAACUUGUGGACCCUUCAGUGUUUGUAGCAGGAACCAUGCUUCAACUUGUGAGUGCCUGAAAGGGUUCUUGCCUAGGUCAAAUGAGGAAUGGAGUAAAGGAAAUUGGACAAGUGGAUGUGUAAGGCGUACAGAGUUGAUGUGCAAUGAAAACAGAAGCAACUUAAGCUUCAAUGCAUCUAAACCGGAUGGCUUCUGGAAGGUCGGUCAGAUGAAAUGACCAGAUCAUUAUGUGUAUUUGUAUGAUAAGACUGACCAAGGGGGGUGUAGCCAAUGGUGCCUGAGCAACUGCUCUUGUCUGGCAUAUGCAUAUCCAGAUGGUAUAGGGUGUCUGGUUUGGGUAACAGAUCUUAUCGACAUGCAGCAAUUCGUGAAGUCUGGGGAGGAUCUAUACCUCCGCCUUGCUAAUUCAGACCUAGGAGUAAAAAGUAGACAUACAGCAAUCAGCGUCAGCUUCGUAUCCAUAUCGGUUGGUUUCCUCUUGGGUGUGUUAAUAUGUUGUGUCCGCAGAUGGAAAGCUAACAGAAGAGACAGACAUCUCAGGGAACAAAGGUCAGAGACAAGAAAAUGGUUCACAAUAAAGAGCAUCAGAAAAAGGGGCAAAGUAAAGGGUCACUUGGCUGACAAAAAGGGCACUUUGAUUGAUACUUCACAGGACAAUAUCCAAGAAAAUCCUGCAUCAUCAAAGGGGUCAUCAGAGCUUCCAAUAGUUGAUUUCAAUAGGAUAAAGAUCGCUACCAACAACUUCAGCGAAGCUAACAAGCUUGGUGAAGGAGGAUUUGGCACAGUUUACAAGGGAAGCUUAGAAGAUGGACAGCAAAUAGCUGUGAAAAGGCUUUCGAGUCACUCAGGACAGGGCAUGGAGGAGUUCAAGAAUGAAGUUAUAUUGAUAUCUAAACUUCAGCAUAGAAAUCUUGUAAGGCUGUUGGGCUGCUGCAUUCAAGGAGAAGAGAAAAUAGUAAUUCUUGAGUACAUGAAAAACAAAAGCUUGGACACUUUCCUGUUCGAUCGAACAAAAAGGCUGGAGCUAGAUUGGGCCAAACGCUUCAGCAUCAUUCAGGGGAUUGCCAGAGGGCUUCUCUAUCUCCAUCGAGAUUCUUGUUUGAGAAUUAUUCACAGAGAUAUGAAGGCCAGCAACAUUCUCUUGGACGAUGACAUGAAUCCGAAAAUCUCAGACUUUGGACUGGCGCGAACUUUCCGUGUCACACAGGAAUUAGCCAACACUGGCAGGGUUGUGGGAACUUUCGGUUAUAUGUCUCCUGAAUAUGCCAUGAGUGGGCAAUUUUCGGAAAAAUCUGAUGUUUAUAGCUUUGGAGUUUUGCUGCUAGAGAUUGUCAGCAGCAAGAAGAACACAGGGUUCGGAUAUCACGAAAAAUAUUUGAACCUUCUUGGUUGUGCAUGGCAAUUGUGGAACGAGUGCAAAGCUCCAGAGUUGCUGGAUCAAUCACUGGCAGAUUCUUGCACCCCAACAGAGGUAAAGAGAUGCAUUCAAAUCGGGCUUCUUUGUGUUCAAGACCAUGCUGCAGAUCGGCCUACAAUGUCAAAUGUAGUUCUCAUGCUAAGCAGUUCUGAGAGUGAAAUGGAACUUCCUCAACCAAGACAACCUACAUUUACGUUUCAAAACUUGCAAGAAUCCGAUCGUUUUCAAUCAGCCAUUCGCUUAUGCAACGGUUCCAUAAACGAAAUCAGUAUUUCAAUGCAAAGAGAUCUCAAGCAUUCAUUGGGUGCACAAAUUCUUGAAGCAAACAGAAGAGUUAUUUUUGAGGUAUCGGCAGUUAUGCUUAUAACGAUCUUCAGAGCGAGGACGAGAAAAUGGUGCAUAAUAAAGGGCAUCAGAAAAUUGUGCAUGCUAAAGGAUCUCGUGGUGUCUGAGAAGAAAAAGGGCACUUUGAGAGAUACCUCACAAGAUGAUAUCCAGGAAAGUCCCGCAUCGGCAAAUGAGUCAUUGGAGCUUCCAGCGAUCGAUUUCAAUAGGAUAAAGAUUGCCACCGACAACUUCAGUGAAGCUAACAAGCUUGGUGAAGGAGGGUUCGGCGCAGUUUACAAGGGGAGAUUAGAAGAUGGACAGCAAAUAGCCGUGAAAAGGCUUUCGCGUCAUUCAGGACAAGGCAUGGAGGAGUUCAAAAAUGAGGUUGUCUUGAUAUCUAAGCUUCAGCAUAGAAACCUUGUCAGGCUGUUGGGCUGCUGCAUUCAGGGAGAAGAAAAGACAGUAAUUCUUGAAUACUUGAAAAACAAGAGCUUGGACAAAUUCCUCUUUGAUCGAACAAAGAGGUUGGAGCUAAAUUGGGAAAAACGCUUCAACAUAAUUCAGGGCAUUGCCAGAGGGCUUCUAUACCUCCAUCGAGAUUCUUGUUUAAGAAUUAUUCACAGAGAUUUAAAGGCCAGCAACAUUCUCUUGGAUGAUGACAUGAACCCCAAAAUCUCAGACUUUGGCCUGGCACGAACUUUCCAAGUCACACAAGAACUAGCCAACACCCGCAGGGUUGUGGGAACUUUCGGCUACAUGUCUCCAGAAUAUGCCAUGGGAGGGGUAUUUUCAGAAAAAUCUGAUGUUUACAGCUUCGGAGUCUUAUUGCUGGAAAUAGUCAGUAGCAAGAAGAAUACUGGGUUUGGUUAUCACGAAAAACAUAUAAGCCUUCUUGGUUAUGCAUGGCAAUUAUGGAAUGAGUGCAAAGCUCCAGAGUUGCUGGAUGAAUCACUGACUAAUUCUUGCACCCCAUCAGAAGUAAUGAGAUGCAUUCGAGUUGGGCUUCUUUGUGUUCAAGACCAUCCUACAGAUCGGCCUACAAUGGCUAAUGUAGUUCUCAUGCUAAGCAGUUCUGAGAGUGAAAUAGAACUUCCUCAACCAAGAGAACCUACAUUUACAUUCCAAAGCUUGCUGGAAUCAGAUAAUUGUCAGUCAGGGAUUAGUUUAUGCAAUGAUUCCAUCAACGAAGUCAGUGUUUCAAUGGUUGAAGGGCGAUGAAUGGGUGAUUUACACAACAGUCAAGAGACACACAUCCGCAGAUUAUGAAAUUUAUUACUUAUCAGAUGCUUUCUGUAGGUGAAUGUGAGUAUUAAGAAUAAAGGUGCUCUGCGAAUAGCCUAUUUAGUUAUCUAAAUCGAUUUAGUUCACAUAAAAUCCUUAUGCAUUCGAAACAUAUUUUAAGACAUAAUUCAAUUUGUUUCGGCUGUGUCUGUCAUUCUGUUUUCAUAUCUGAAUACUGAACUGAAUUAAGUCUGCUGCGGGCAUAUUCUAGGAAGUGCAUUUUUUGGUAGUUGAAGCAACAGAAACAAAGCUUCUUCGAUGGAUUUUGUCGAAGAAUUCUCUUAAAUUUUCUGACCGGUGUAGUGGUCACUUGGUAAAUGCCAGAAAGAUGUUUUCUCAUCUC